CGUACUGGCAGUGGGGACAGCGAGUCUCCUUGGGGCUGUCCCUGGCCGCGGCCUGCUGUGCGCCGGGCAAAUAUGGGCGGCGGCGGGAGCAGCACCCGGAGGGUCACCUUCGAGGCGGAUGAGAAUGAAAACAUCACGGUGGUGAAGGGAGUGAGGCUGUCUGACAGCGUCAUUGAUCGUAUGAAGGAGCCUUCAGCCAGUGGAAGAUCACAGCACCGAUCAGCAUCUGGCACAGUUAAUGAUGAAGAGCUAAAGAAAAGAAUAGCUGAAGAGCUGGCAUUAGAGCGAGCCAGGAGAGACUCUGAAGCUCAAAAGAGAAGGUUGAAACAAGAACAGAUGUAUGUGCGUGAUGAGUUUGGCAAACUUCUGGAACGAGAGAGGAUUUCUUCAAACGAGCAUUUGACUCGAGCCAUCCUUCGCGAGAGAGCCGCGACGGAAGAGGAACGUCAGAAGGCACAGCGAUUUGAUAUAGAAAAAAAGGCCAGGCAGCUGGAAGAGAAAGACAGAGAACUGAAGAAGCAUGAUGCUUACUACAAAGAGCAGCUGGCUCGACUGGAAGAAAGGAGUGCCCAGUUCUACAAAGUUACCACAGAGGAAUACAAAAAAGCUGCUGAUGAAGUGUCAUCUCGGUUCAAGCGAUAUGAGUCUCACCCAAUCUGUGCUGAUCUGCAGGAUAAAAUUCUACAGUGUUAUCAACAACACGCUCAGGAGACUCUCAGCUGCUCUGCCCUGGCCAGCCAGUACCUGCACUGUGUCAAUCAUGCCAAACAGCAGAGCAUGCUUGGGAGAGGAGGAUAAAGGCAUUGUCCAAAUCAAGCACAAGACCAUCAACUCUAAUUUCAGCAGAAGAGCAUUUUUUUUCCCAAGAGUGAUAUCACAGCCCAUUUACAGGGCAAGCCAAUAAAGAGAAGAACUGGAAGAACCAUUUCAAGAGCAGCAGCCAUCACAGCUCAAUCAGUGUGACCAUUUGAAAAACCGAGACCUGUAUCCAAUUCCAUCAGAAAUCACGCAGCCGAAGAUCCUGUUCAGUCUUAGUAAAAUCCACUUAUUGGUGAUUGAAGGAAGGAAAAGAAAAGAACCUUUCACUGACCUUAGAAAGGGGGAAUAUCCUUCAAGCGCUGCUAUUUCAUUGUAGAAUCUCCUCAAAAAAGCUUCCCACUGUCAGAGGCACGGGUAUGUAACACUUGGUGUGCUGGGACGUGGUGGGACUUUGUGAGCAAGCCAGCCGCUGCUCCUUACCGUGCUGUACUCCUUGCUCAUAUUAAAGUUUCUCUUGCCAUGUAUAAUGACAAACUAAAUUGUGCUCUAACUUAUUUCACAAAUGAUGUAACUUAAUGUAAGUCUCUCUCCAGGCCUUCUGCUGGAAUGAUGUUAAUGAUGCAAUACUUCAGAUGUAACAUGGCCUUUAUUUACCUGAAAUGAUUCUGUUGUGCUCCUCACUCCUCUAUCAAAUAAUGAUGAAAAUGCCUCUCUCUGUACCAACAAUAAAUAUAUUUUAUGA